UGCUAUUUUCGACUCGGGUACCUCGUUUACAUAUCUGAAUGACCCAGCUUAUACGCUUAUUCCGAGAGUUUCAACAAUUGACCCAAGGAAGAGGUAUACGUCUAGUAGUUCUUCAGACGAGCUUCCCUUUGAAUAUUUUUAUGAGCUAAGUGCAAACCAACGAGCUUUAAGUACCCUGUAGUGAAUUUGACAAUGAACGGCGGAGAUCGGUUUUCCAUCCACGAUCCAAUAGUAGUGAUUCCCACAAAGGGUGGAGGUCUGUACUGUUUAGGUGUCGUGAAAAGUGACAGUGUGAAUAUCAUCGGACAAAAUUUCAUGACCGGUUAUCGUAUCGUCGUCGAUCGUGAGAAGAUGGUACUCGGCUGGAAAGCAUCCGACUGUUAUGAUGUUGAGGCCUCGAACACUCUACCGGUGAUACCACCGAUGGCGGUCCUCGGCUAUUGCAGUCAAUCCGGAAGCCACAUCGGGAAAUGGCAAUAAUUCUGGUGUUCCAGGGGCAACUUCACCACGACAAUCAAUCAACUCUGCUUAAAGCUCUGCCUUAUGGACUCACAAUUGCUCUAAUUCUAUUUUCGUCCCUAAUUUAAUUAAUUUUAAUUUUACUUAUUGUUUUAGAUUAUUGUAGCAUCCACGGGCUUGUACAUAUGUUUUC